AUAAAAAAUGGAUAAGGACAUUGAUGUUGAUAAGGUGAUUUGUAUUUGCAUAAUAGAUCAUUGAGAAAUUGUUAGAAACUAAAGGGGCUCGUAAUGGAAAACCAGUGAAUCUAACAGAGAGUGAAAUAAGAUCAUUGUGUAUAAAAAGUAGAGAGAUUUUCUUAACUUAACCAAUGUUGUUGGAAUUGGAAGCUCCUAUAAAAAUAUGUGGUAAUAUACUAUAAAUAUAAUAAGGUGAUAUACAUGGACAAUAUACAGAUUUGUUAAGAUUAUUUGAAUAUGGAGGAUAUCCCCCAGAAGCUAAUUAUUUAUUUCUUGGAGAUUAUGUUGAUAGAGGAAGGUAAUCGUUAGAAACUAUCUGUUUAUUACUUGCUUAUAAGAUUAAAUAUCCUGAGAAUUUCUUUCUUCUUAGAGGAAAUCAUGAAUGUUCACAAAUCAAUCGGAUUUAUGGAUUCUAUGAUGAAUGUAAAAGGAGAUAUAAUAUAAAAUUAUGGAAAACAUUUACAGAUUGUUUUAAUUGUUUACCUGUUUGUGCAGUUAUAGAUGAAAAGAUUAUUUGUAUGCAUGGAGGACUAUCACCUGAAUUAACAAAUUUGGAAUAAAUACAUAGGAUAAUGAGACCAAUUGAAGUACCAGACACUGGAUUAUUGUGUGAUUUAUUAUGGUCAGAUCCUGAAAAAGAUUUAUAAGGAUGGCAAGGUUACUUAAUUAUCUCCUAUUUAUAUAGAUAAUGAGAGAGGUGUUUCUUAUAUUUUUGGACCUGAUAUUAUUGCAAGUUUCUUAAAAAAAAAUGAUAUGGAUCUAGUAUGUAGAGCACAUUAAGUUGUUGAAGAAGGUUAUGAAUUCUUUGCUAAAAGAUAAUUAGUUACUAUCUUCUCUGCACCAAAUUAUUGUGGUGAAUUUGAUAAUUCAGGUUAUUUAUAUUUUAUUAAUAUUAUUUUAGGAGCACUUAUGAGUGUAGAUGAAACCUUAAUGUGCUCAUUUUAAAUACUAAAAUCACAAGAUAAAAAAAAUGUUCCUUAAGCUAGACCAAGAACACCCAAAUACGUUAAUUGA